UUUGGUCUUAAAAAUUUGGUAAAUUUGUGUUGCAGUUAUUGCAGACCUACACCACAUCUGACUCGAACCCUCCAGAUGAGCCUUGUCCAAUAUGCAUGUGUAGCCUCCAAUGUCCAAGUGAUUGUAGCAGUCAGGAUGUAACAGAUGAUGAAGGUGUUGUUAAGCUGACUAAGUGUGGCCACUCGCUUCACAAAUUGUGCGCGAGAAUGAUGGCAGAAUCAAAGCAAUAUUUUAUUCCGUGUCCUAUGUGUAAAACUGUACAUGGUGUGAGACUAGGAAAUCAGCCUGACGGAGUAAUGGAAAUCUUCAUCGUAAAUGAUAGUCUUCCUGGAUUUGACUGCGGAACUAUCAUCAUCACAUACAGGUUUGGAGGCGGCAUACAAGGGCGAGAACACCCAAACCCAGGCCAUCCCUACCGAGCUCAUGCCUUCCCACGCCGUGCCUUCUUGCCAGAUAAUGAAAGAGGAAACAAGAUCCUACAGCUGUUGGAGGUUGCAUGGCAGAGACGUCUGAUAUUCACAGUUGGCACGUCCAUAACUAGCGGCCUGGAAAAUGUCAUUACCUGGAAUGAAAUCCACCAUAAAACUGAAUGGGAAAACUACCAUGGUCAUGGCUAUCCUGACCCAGCCUACCUAGAUAACGUUACCAUGGAGUUAGAGCUUCAAGGUGUGACGGAGGCAGACCUUGAGAGUAAUGCAAAUAGAAGCCUGGAGUAAACUAACUGUGAUAUUAUACUCCCCUAUUUUUCAAAGGAGUUGUAAUCCAUAGGUAGGUGUAUACUUCUGAGAGUGAAAAAAGAUUCCAAUAGUGCAUAUUUGAGAGUGUAAGAGGUUCCAUUUGUGCACCAUUUUUAAGUUAUUUAUUUGGCUUCCAAAAAUUCUCAGAAGUCCCCACCUUCUCUCUCUCUCUCUCUCUCUCUCUCUCUCUCUCUCUCUCUCUCUCUCUCUCUCUCUCUCUCUCUCUCUUCUUUUUAACUUGAGACCUCAUAAGCAUGAAAUAUUGCAUAAGACAGAACAGUAAAAUGUUCAAGAAAUGUACAUGGUCUGUAAUGCUACUUUCUCUGUGAUGAAUUUAUAGUAAUCAAGUUAUUAUUUAAAUAUACUCACAGGUGCUAAAGAAAAAAAAAGUACUUUCUUCCCUACUGAAUAUUUUAUCAAAAGAUUUUCUCCAUAUGAAAUUUACUCCCUUACUGAUUAAAAAAAAAAAAAAAAAAGAUAUUCACCAUAUUAAAUAUACUGUCUCUUUAUGGCAAUAAUUUCUUUU